AUGAUUCGUUCUAAGAGUGUGGACCGCCUCCCCUCAUUCGCAGAUGGGGAGGAUGUUGGCUGGAGCGAGGAGGACACAAGACAGGCUAUGUUGGACAUCAUACAAUCUGAUGGAGAACUCUCCUUUUUGGAGUCUCUGAAUUCGCAGGGGGGCGGCGGUGGAUGGCGUGGCACUGUAAGGGACAGUGGAAGAGCGAUGUGGAGUUUCCCGGGCCAAAAAGAAGAAGAGGUGACUACACCGGGAAGGGCAGCAGGGCCUACAAUGGACAGAAAGUCGAUUUACGACUUUGAUCGACUGGCAACACCCGGAAGAGAGUUACCUCCCUCUCGACCCCAGAGGACAAGGACAAAGUACAGUUCUGAGGUGGACGUGGACACUAAACGGGAGCGAGAAUACAUCUUAAGAUGCAACCUGCCGCGAAACCCCAGAGGCCCCUUCAACAAAAUGAUACUCCAGACCUUUUACAAAGCUCCCAAAUCCAAAGCCAUUGGGUACGGAAUGCCAAGGCCCUUCACAAAGGAAACGAGCAUGCAUCAAAAUGCUAUCUCAUCCAUUAACUCAAAGACUCAAAGCUACAUUACGAUAAACAGCCACAGGUCUCUAUGUCAACCUCAACCAUGUUCGAGUCAUGACGUGCACGAUCAACAGUAUUGCGACAUUUUAGGACCAGGCACGUGCUCCAGGUGUAUAGAGAGUACAAACCGUCACAUUGCUAAGGUCAUUCAGAAGAAGAUGUUCCCGACUAUUGAAGUGUCAAGCCGUUGUUUGGUCGUUCCCAAGUUGUCCAGGUCUCUCAAAGAUGGUCACAUGAAACAAAUUCGGAAACGUCCACUUCAGGAGUUUAAUCUUCCUGACUUUGUCAGGGGUCCCUCGCGACAGAUGCAGCAUAUCAGCUGGGAAACCCUUCACCGCAAGUCCCACAGAAGCAAGAUAUCUACGAGUGGAUCCGUACCGUCAGCCUCUUUCUGUGCAACGGGGACAGGCUCCAUUACGUCCGUGAAUACUGGAUAA